AUGACUUUCGCUGACGAUGUGGGGCUUCCAUUACUCAACACUGCCUAUCCAACAAUCCUACUAUCUGCUGCAACCUGGACGGCAAUUUUCCUCGCAAGCUUCCCUAUAAGUCGAGCAUACUCUUCUUCCUAUCGUAAAUUGGACGCUGCUAAACAAGCGGACUGGUGUACUAGAGUUACCUCGACAUUUCACGCAGUCUUAAUCUGCUACCUGGCUUUCCAGAUGCUAGGCAUAGAUGAACUGAAGAGGGAUAAAGUGUAUGGAUUUACAGAUUACUUUUUGUGGGAUGUUGGCGUCUCGUUAUACUUGUUCAAUCUAUAUGGCCCGUCAUUCCUGUUUCAUGGCGUACUAUGCUUGAUGGUAUUCACCUUCUCCAUGAGGCCAUUCUUAAUGUAUUUUGGAGCUCCAUUCCUACUGUUUGAGCUAUCGACACCGUUCUUAAACAUCAAUUGGUUUUGUGACAAGAUGAACAUAACGGGAUCCCCACUACAGCUGGUGAAUGGAAUUAUAUUGAUGGCCUCCUUCUUUGGUGUCCGUGUUGUAUACGGAUCCUACAAUGCAUACGACUUUUUCUCAACCGUGAUAUCUCAACGGGACAACAUUGCUCCUCACUUAAUUGCAAUCUAUGGAGUGGCCAACAUAUCUUUAACCACUCUCAACUUUUUCUGGUUUUACAAGAUUGUAGAUGCUGUAAGGCGGAGGUUUGUCGGUGCGCCUGCAAAGAAGGAUGCAAGUAAAAAGUCAAAAGUCAGGAAGGAAGAGUAA